CAACACAAUGAUCGGGAGACGUGGAGUGCCCGUCGCGCUCACUUACACACUCUUUUACAUAACACCAUCAAUCUCUCAUCAAGUCGACUCUGUCUCCUCCAGUCGACUGUCACAUUGAGGCGAACACUACGCAAACGACUCGUCGUGCCCUAAGGUCCAGUCGCCAUGCCCGCCACGAUCACCGAGCAAAUGUUCCCCCACAUCAUUGACGGCAUCCUCAAGUAUGCAAUGGCAUCGGCGACGUACAGCGAACUCAUCGCCCUUCGCCGCCUCUCACGCACCACAAAAACCGCCAUCGACACCAAGCUCUUCACUCACCUCACCAUGACCUACGUAAAGAACACCCUCGGCAACCUGAAGGUUGCCACCCCAUCUGGCCGCCACCCCGCGCUUCUCGACUCGCCUACGCCCGGCGCGAAGGGAGUCUACACAGCCUGCUUGACAUGCAUUUUCGCCAGCAGCUCUCACUCCGACCCUUUCGAGUGUGAGCAGUGUAUUCAGCCCGCCUGGCGCCUCCAUCCUAUCUCGGCAAACUUCAAGGCUGCACGCAUUGUCGACAUUGUCGGCGGAACCCUAGUGGACGGUUUCAAGCCACUCUCGGCACUCUUCAACACGAUCGACUACCUUCGCUUUAAGUCGCAGUGGGGUGUCACCAAGAACUCGGCCUCCCGGUACGGCAUGGUGUGGCCAGGUCACUACUCUCGGCAGCCCCUGCAUUGCCGCGUCAAGAACAUGGUGUGGCUCGGCGACGUGGGGUGGCGCGCCGGCCUGUGGUGCGACGCCAUGCCUGUCGUACCCGACGCACACUACAUCUACGUGUGGCGCCGGCCGCUCAAGCUCGACCCAUACGUCGACGUCCGCCUCGAGGUGCCAGCAGGCGUGGGGCACGUAACUGUGGUGUACCAUAAGCCCGAAGGCGAAGCGGACGACCAACCGUACGACCUAGCUGGGCUGGAGCCGUAUGCCGAAGCGGUGGCGCGGGGGUACACGCUAACCGCGGCGGGGUUGUUCGACGCGGCGGCGAACUGGCACCAAGAGACGAGUGUUGAGUCGGGCACGCACACGUCGGCACAAGAGCAGCUCAUGCUGAUAUCGCGCAAACACCACGCUCAGCACAUGCAGGUAACCCGUCGGUUAAAUGCGGUCGAGGCGGCGGCCGAGUUUGACGCCGGCAUGAAGCGCAUCGUGACGCUGUCGCUCGAGGAGUAUGUGGCGGGUCUGAGCGACGAGGAGCGCGCGAUGAUUAUGGAGGAGUAGAAUGAAUGCAUGGUUGGAGGAGGUGUGGCCAGGCGAGCACGACGGCGUACGGCGCGAGGCGUGUGCUGGCGGCGGUGCCUGAAUGAGGCCAUUCCGCACGCCGAGAAAUUGCCUCGCGGCGACGUCGACAAUGACCGCUGCGGCCGCCGGCGCCGACGCCGG